CCUAGCUAGCUAGCUAUUAGCCUUCCGGCCAAUUCCUACGUGAGCGUAGAAGAUGUAUGUAUAAUAUAAUUAGGGUAAUUAAGUCCGAUCCGUUAGCUUUAAAAGCUAGCUAGCUAGCUAGCAACGCAGCACAUGAGAGAUCGAUCGAAGAAUUGAAUUGAAUUGUGCAUAUAUAUAUAUAUAUAUAUAUAUGCAAUAUAAUGGGGGCAGGUAUUUCAGGAAUGAUGGGCGGCGACGGGUGCAGCUGCAGGAGGAGGAGGAGUAGUGAAACGAGUAUUGGAGAGUUGCCGGAAAACUGUGUGGCGUUGAUUCUUUCGCGGUUGGAGGCGACGCAGAUUUGUGCUUUGGCAGCUGUGAAUCCAACCUUCCGUCGAGCUUCCUCAAGUGAUGCCGUCUGGGACUCCAAGUUGCCUCAUAAUUAUCACUUUCUUCUCAACAACCUCUUCGCUCACAACACUAAUUUCAACUCUAAGAAACAAAUAUUUGCCACACUCUCUCGUCCUACUAGAUUUGGAGGAGGCUACAAGGAACUAUGGUUGGAAAAGAAUGGAGGAGGAAUAUGUGUGUCUGUCUCCUGGAAAGAGAUGAAGAUAACCGGCAUAGACGAUCGGAGAUACUGGACUCAUGUCUCCGAUUCUGAUGAAUCCAGAUUUUCAAGCAUUGCAUAUUUGAAGCAAAUAUGGUGGGUUGAAGUAGAAGGGAGCUUAGAGUUGGAAUUUCCAGCCGGAAUUUACAGCCUUUUUUUCCGGCUACACCUGGGAAAACCAUCUAAAAAAUGGGGGCGGCGAGUUUGCGAGGUGGAACAAGUGCAUGGGUGGAACAUGAAACCAGUUCGGUUCCAAUUAUCAUCGUCACACGGCCAACAUGUUACUUGUCAGUAUUAUUUGAACCAACCUGCCGGAAAAUGGAUACAUUAUCAUGUUGGAGAUUUCGUUGUGGAGAACUCUCAUCUUCCGACCAACCUCAACUUUUCCAUGACUCAAAUCGAUUGUACUCACACUAAAGGUGGCCUGUGCUUAGAUUCCGUCUUCAUUUGCCCUAUUAAGCUUGGAGAAAAAUUUAAAAAUAUUUCAUUCUGAGUCGAUCUUUAAAAAAAGAAAAAAAAAAAAAAGAGUACUAUAUAUAGCAUACCCAAUAUUUA